GGCGAGACAGCAGCUCGCGCCCAUGCAUGCUUGCAGGGUGCUCCCGCGCAGUAUCCUCCGCCAAUAGCCCAUUGCACUCCGUCUUCCGCGCCGCCGCUGGCCGCGCCUGGCAUAGGACUGCCGCCGCGCGACGCACGGCGUCUACAGCGCACGGCAAUGGCAGGGACGACAGUACGUCGAAGACGACGCAACUGCGGGGGCGAAUGCCGCGCAAGUUGCCGGACCACAUCAUUGCCCGGCGUAGAGGCGAGCCCAGUAAAGGUCAACAACCUCCUGUCGAGGUGCAGGAUGUGGAGAACGUUUCUGCUAGCCUCCCCCCAGCUGCUCUCCCCCUUGCUCGGUUCCACCGACGUCGAGGCGGUCGUAGUAAUCAACACACCACUCACGCAGACUCCCUCGACCCACUCCCCCCUCCCACAAACCGGCAGUCCUUCCUUGAGAACAUAUACACCCUAUGUGCUCGCGGAACCCCCCUCCCCUCCCUCCUGGACUACCACGACGCGUACAAGCUCUACCAGUCGCGCGCGUCGCUGCACAUACUGCUGCAGAAGGCCAUCCGCGAGCGCGCUUUCGGCUCCGUUAUAUGGCUUGUACGCGCCAUGCGCAACGCGGGAAUACCAGUCGACCCCCAUCUUGCAGUGCGUGCACUUGUCAAGUCAGGCUACUGGGAGCGCGCCUGGGCGCUCGCCCAAGAGCAUGCGGGGCGCCCGCCGGACGAGGACGCGCUCACGCAAGCAGAGGUGCCCCCGGAAAUCUGGCGGGAGUUCUUGCGUGCUCUGCAUAUCGACUCAUUGCGCCUCCGCGUACGGCGACGCCUGCAAAGACGCGACAUGGCAGACCCGCCGCCUCUACAAGCGCGUCAAUGGCUGGAGCACGUGCCGGCGUAUAUCCCGCACAACCUGUCGCGCCUCCAUCCCGUCGACACCUAUCGGCUUGUGCAGGCGCUGAUCCUGGCAGACCGGCGCCGACAUGGUGUCCAGCUCGCGAUUGCCUACUUCAAGAGCCUUGGUCCAGACCUCGCCCCGUCACGCGUUCGCCACUGCAUAGACAUUGUCAACCUCAUUGUCGCCUUCGCAUUUCCCUGGCGUGGGUUGCGACAGUUCCAUCAGGCCAAUACUGCUGCGCAGCUGCUGGUAUCGCUACAUCCAUCUUUACGGCCGACCUCAUCGACUCUAUUCCUCCUUUUGCGAUCCUUGAAGCAGGCCAAGCGAUGCGGGACGAUAGCGAUGAGCGCUCUUCAGUUCUACGCUCGGCGUUGGGGUGACGGCGUAAUCGAUCCGCGAGUACGGCGGCGAGCUAUAUCCCUCUGCAUCAAGGAGAAGCGAUGGGACCUGGCGCGCGCUCUCCUCACUGAGCAACGCGCGCGCGGCCUAUCUGACGAGGAAAUACUGGGUCGUACGCUCAGCGAGCAUCGGCGAGGGAGGCGGCGGGGGGCGGCACCAGCGCGCAAGGCGUUUGAAACCGGGCCAGGCCGGGAGCGGAGUCUGUGGCACCGACUGCACGUCCGGGCACUGCGACGCGGAGGUGUGCGUGUGUAGCUCUCGGGGAGAGGUGACGCAGCGAGCCGAGGAAUGUCGGAUAUAAUGAAAGACAAAGUGAGAGGGAUUAUUAGUGUCGUUAAUAAAACACUUUCUCCUGCCGUAGCUGUUUGGGAUCGCCGUCGUGCAUGCGUCCAUGGGGGGAGCGGGGGCAAUGUGCAUCGGCCGCGCGCGUCGUGAUUCAGGUGUCGAUCGUGCAUCUAUUAUGCAUC